AUGCUAGUCAAUGUGCUGAAGAUCUGUUCAGACGAUGAGUUGCUCUCGGACGCCGACGACACCUUCGAAGGUGAGUCAAACUACCUUCUCAUUUACACCCCUCCAUCUGUCUUUUAUCCACUAUCGCUGUCGAUGCACACGUGUGCACGUGUGUACUCUUUCCCCCUUGUCACUGCCCUCCUUCCCUUCAGUGCCAACAGCUGCGAUGAUUCUGCCCACAGGUAA